CUCCACCCAGGGGCGGGGCCGGGCUCUGGCGAGGGGCGGGCCCGCGGCCCUGACAGCGGUCGCCGCCCCCGCGGCCAGACACGUCCCUCACGUACCGCCGGCCUCGGCGCCGAGCCGCAAGCUGGGCCGGGGACUCAGCUCCUCCGGCCGGGCUCGGCAUGAAGCUUACGCGGCUGCUGCGCGGGGCCGCCUCGGCCCGACCGAGGCCUGGGCCGCGCGCCGCCCACCCCAGCGCCAGCCGCAGCCUCACCUCAGACUCCGGCUCCGGGCCCGCGCCGGACCGAAGCCUUCCUGGCCAGGUGGACUUCUACGCGCGCUUCUCGCCGUCGCCGCUGUCCAUGAAGCAGUUCCUGGACUUCGGAUCAGGGAAUGCUUGUGAAAAGACCUCAUUUAUGUUUCUUCGGCAAGAGUUGCCUGUUAGAUUGGCAAAUAUAAUGAAAGAAAUAAGUCUCCUUCCAGAUAAUCUUCUCAGGACGCCAUCCGUUCAACUGGUACAAAGCUGGUAUAUCCAGAGUCUUCAAGAGCUUCUUGAUUUUAAGGAUAAAAGUGCUGAAGAUGCUAAAACUAUUUAUGACUUUACAGAUACUGUGAUACGAAUCCGAAACCGACACAAUGAUGUCAUUCCCACCAUGGCCCAGGGUGUGAUUGAAUACAAGGAGAGCUUUGGGGUAGAUCCUGUCACCAUCCAGAAUGUUCAGUACUUUUUGGAUCGGUUCUACAUGAGUCGCAUUUCAAUUAGAAUGUUACUCAAUCAGCACUCCUUAUUGUUUGGGGGAAAAGGAAGUCCAUCUCAUCGAAAACACAUUGGCAGCAUAAAUCCAAACUGUGAUGUAGUUGAAGUUAUUAAAGAUGGCUAUGAAAAUGCUAGGCGUCUGUGUGAUUUGUAUUAUAUUAACUCUCCUGAACUAGAACUUGAAGAACUAAAUGCAAAAUCACCAGGACAGCCAAUACAAGUGGUUUAUGUACCAUCCCAUCUCUAUCACAUGGUGUUUGAACUUUUCAAGAAUGCAAUGAGAGCAACUAUGGAACACCAUGCUGACAAAGGUGUUUAUCCCCCUAUUCAAGUUCAUGUCACACUGGGUAAUGAGGAUUUGACUGUGAAGAUGAGUGACCGAGGAGGUGGUGUCCCUUUGAGGAAGAUUGACAGACUCUUCAACUACAUGUAUUCAACUGCACCGCGGCCACGUGUGGAGACUUCCCGAGCUGCGCCCCUGGCCGGUUUUGGUUAUGGGUUGCCCAUAUCGCGUCUGUAUGCUCAGUACUUCCAGGGGGACCUGAAGCUGUAUUCCUUGGAGGGCUAUGGCACAGAUGCUGUUAUCUACAUUAAGGCUCUGUCAACAGAAUCAAUUGAGAGACUCCCAGUAUACAACAAAGCUGCCUGGAAGCAUUACAAUACCAACCACGAGGCUGACGACUGGUGUGUCCCCAGCAGAGAGCCAAAGGACAUGACAACAUUCCGCAGCACCUGAGGCACUUGGGACACCUGAAAAGUCCAAGUGUGGUUUCGAUGCUAAAUUUGGAGGAGAUACUGUUCACACCUCUAUUAUACCAAAUACUUCAUAUGUCAUUUUCACAGUUAACUCUUUGAGUAGAAUAAAUGGAAACUGAAUUCUAUUUGUGCCUGUUAAAGGAUAAGGGUACACCUAUUUUACAUGUGUAUUUUCACAGUUAAUUGAACAUAUUUUUUAAACAACCGUAGUUUGGUCAACUUUAUUCUUUAUGGUAGACUUCAGAACCAUGGAAGUCUUUGGGUUUAUAUAAGAAGUGGGUACUUAAAAAAAAAAAAAAAAUAUAUAUAUAUAUAUAUGUUUCACUUACGUCUACUAGAAACAUUUUCUAAAUAAUACUUAUUAGCUGGUUAGCUGUCUUUCUGUUAUUUGGAGUUCUACCAUCUUUUUUUUAGUACUGAUAAAAUGCUUUUCAUGUUUAUCAGUGACCAACUGAAAGUAAAGCAUAGCGCAGUUGUAGGUGUAGAACCAGCCUCCUUAGUUCUGAAUUCAGUCAGUCGUUUUAUAAUUUGAUUGAAAUAGAUGUUAAUGACUAGCUUCCUGUGGAGCUACGGCAAGAUCAUGGCAGUCUGUUCCAAGUGUGCUUGUGAUUAGUGCAAGGAGAACAAAUUAGCAGGUACUAAAAUUACAAAGAAUAGAUUUAAGGCAAAGCAUCAAGUCCCUAAAAUUGAAUUAAUUGCUGAAAUUACCUGGGGAGCUUUUGAAAACAGUAGGAUUUUUCUGGGUUCCACUCCAGACAUAAUCAGAACCUCUAGGACUAUAGCCCAGGGAUCUCAAUUUGUAAAACAUUUCUAAUGUGAGUCUGAUUUUUGCCUGAUUAGAACUGCUCUUUUAAAGUGGACAGCUCUGAAGUAACAGAGAGAUCUUUAGGUUUUGGUUUCCACUUAUUUAAAGGUCAGAUUUCUAGACCCCUGAUCUCAGACUUGGUACAGCUAGAUGCAUCAUUAGAAGCAAGAGAACAAAAUACUGUAGGAGAAUUGUUUGGUGCCAAAGGGUCUCCUUGUUUUUAGUUUAAGAGGCAAGAAAGAACAUAUAUUUUCUAAAAAUGUCCAAAUUCUGUUAUCAGGGAAAGCUCCACUUGUGUUUAUUACAACAGUCUUUUGCAUUUGUAUAGUAAUUUGUAAUUUAUAAGUACUUUGAGAUAUUAUUAUAACUUUAUUGGUCUUCAAAACAAAAUGCUAAAGAGCAAGUGGUACAGAGUGACCUAGAGACACACAGAAGUGGAGCCAGAGCCCAGGCUGUCCCUGCUGAUCACAUCAUCCACAGGCAAGUCCAGGAGGCUGUGAACUUCACUCCUCAUCUUUUAAGACGGUGGGGAAAUUCAUUGAAACUACACAUUUUAUACGUGUAUCAAAUCACACUGCAUCUUAAAUAAGUAAAGUUUUUUAAAAAGUCAAAUCAUAUACCACAAAGUAGAAUUCUUAUACCUGUCAGGGAAAAAAAAAGUAUGUAAAUCUGUAGAUUUGGAAGGGAUGCUAGUCCCAGCCCUCAUUUAAGAGAAGAGGAUCAUGAGACUCAGAGACCUGCCAGUGGCUCAGGGCUUUGUAUCUAAUCUGACUCAGUGUUGAAAAAGAUACACAUCUUCCCUCACCUACUGCUGUUUCUUAGCAUGGGUUUUGUGGAAAGCAAUAGAAUAUGUUAAUGCUUGACUUAUAUUAGUUCAGUGCAUUACAGUUUUUUAGCUUUAAACUUGUAGGGAUGAAAUAUUUUAGAAUCCUUUGAAUUAAAAUACUCUUUCCUAAAUUAGAUAUUUGUACAACUAAACUUGAUGUUUUUACUUAUGAGAUAAUCUUCCCUACCCCAAGAAAAUUAGUUUUUCUCUGUAUAGUUGAGAGCUAAGAAAUGUUUUCAAAGGAAAAGUGAAAUUGUUUUCCUUUGGCUUUUUAAGGUUAACAUCUUUUUACUUUGUUAUUGUGGUAAUGGACAAAAUUAAUUCUGGGAGAGCUUUUUCCUGGUUGGUUUUAAGUCACUGGGCUGCCCAAAUGGUUUUUAAAUUCUCGUAUGCACCCUUUUGUCUACCAGCAUUAAUGUUAGCCAAGGUAGAUAUAAAAAUAUGUUGAAGGUCAAGAAGUGGAUGCUGACUUUUAUGACCUGGGCAGUUAAUGAACAUGCCAACAUUUUUUAGGGAGGGUUAGCAAAAAUCUUCUGCCCCAUAAUUUAAAAUGCUGGCUGGCCUUUGAUGUCUCCAUACCUAAUAAUGAUCACUUUCUUAAACUGUGAAGUUUUUACAUAAAGAUAUCAAAGUGGAGGUCUACCGUAUUAUUUUGUAAAGUAUCUUCUGUGUGGCAAUAAACUAAACACAUGAAUCAA